AUGCGCGCAGGGUCGGGAUGGAGGGGGCGCACGGGGGCGCGUCGAAGACGCAGCAGUGGGGCGACGCAACGGCGGAGGGGCGGGGCGACGGGGCGGGAUGAGGCACGCGACGGGACGGCCGGGACGAAUGGCGUUGCGGGCUCGCUCGCCAGCAGAAGACGCGGCAGCGCUGGGGCGGGCUCGCAGUCGCGAGCGGCGGCGGCGCAUGCGCGGCAGGGGCCGGCAGGUGCGAGCGCGGCAGCAAUAGACACGGGCGCGGCCACAGCAUUCACGACGGUAGCAGGCGCGGGCGCGGCAGGCGCUGGUGCAUGCGCGGUAGUAGGUGCGGGCGCGGAUGGUGCUGGCGCGAACGCGGCGGUAGGCGCGGAUGGUGCAACGGGGCCGCUAGGAGGGGCGCUAGGGCGGGGUGCUAGGGCGGGGCCGCGAGAGGGGCGCGACGAGGCCGCAAGAGGGGCGCGACCGGGACGGCUAGGUGGGGCACUGGGGUGGGGCGCGACGAGGCAGCUAGGCGGGGCGCUAUGGCGGGGCGCAUGA